CCGAUAUCUUGAAAAAUUCAAAAUAAAUAUUUCUAGUCGGCGUAUACAUACGAAACUUUCUACACGAAAGCGCUUGGAUACAAAGAGUAUUUUACACAUAUAGCCGUUCAGAAAAUGACGAAAAGUUCAAGAGAUAUUCAAGAUCUUGUAGAUAUUUCAAUCUAGAAUCUGUGGCCAAGCGGUGAGUAAAUAUAUGAUUGUUUCGGUUUGUGUAAUGCUCUGACGGCACUUGACCCCCCGUUCGAAAGGUUAUUUUAUGAGGAUUUCAAUGGUGGCUUUUAUUUACAAGGGGGGUAAAUGCUCACCGAGAUAUUUAUAUUAGAAAAAUUGUGUCGUAAUCUGAUGCGAAAGGGGGUGGUCGAGAAAGAGUAAAUAACAGCACACAUCGCUGGUUAACAUUAUCGGCUUCAUACAAUGCGGCUCAAAAUGUUUAUAAGAACGAGAACGAAUGCUUAGUGAUCAAGUGGAACGACGGCAAUGUCGAUGAAUUUCCGCAUGUUUAUCUUCGCGAGAAUUGCCGUUGUCCAGCAUGUUAUACAGAUGAAAGGAAAUCACGUACAAUGUAUUCGCCGAAGGAAGUUAAUCUCGAUAUUACAGCAGAGUCAGCUGUCUGGAAUACUGAGGAUGAUCAGUUGGAAGUUAAUUGGGAAGAUGGUCAUACGAGUCAGUAUUCAUUUGAAUGGUUAAAGUAUUUGAGGUAUGUAGUCGCUGCAAUCAUAUUCAAGACUAUAGCCAUAAUUAGCAACAUGUACUAUCUAUGCAGAUUUUUAAUGAUUUGCAUUAUUCAAAUCUUUAGAAAUGUCAUGUCUUUAACCUAUUUAGGCUACAUAUAUAGGCUACACAAUAAUCCGUUUUUGUAAUGUUUCAGGUAAUAGUUGCCGCUUCUAUAGCGCUAGCUCGAUUCGUCUACAACCGUAAAAUACUGUUGCACGCAUUGUCGCUCUAAAAGUUAAGUCACCAUGCAGGGAGUUGAUAUCGUGUUUUUCUUCAGUUGACAUAUUCCAUCCAUCAAGAUAAUGCCAUGCAGUUAACACGUUAUAGCAAGGCUGUGUGCCAAGAGACCUUAAGCUUAAGCUUGAGGUUUACGGCAAACUUCAAACCGCUGACGAAGUCAGUUUAAAAUUUUGAUUUUACAACUUUAUUAUAAUAACUUUUACACCAGUUUUGAAAUAUAUUAAACAAUUAUUAAACAUGUUGUAUUUAGCAAUGAUUUAAGAAAACAAAUUAACCACUAGUCAUGUAUUCACCAAAGCAGUAAACUAAGAUUUGGCGUUUGAAGUUGACGUUUGGGGUAUAAAUUUCAUACUUGAACUGCUACGAGGGCUUGUAGUCGUUAAUGCAUGAAAUUUAUAUACACCAAUUAAACGUAACGUUCAAACAGUAAAUCUUAAUUUACUGCUUUGCAUGUGAUUACAUGACCAGCGGUUCAUUUGCUUUCUUAAAUCAUUGCUAAAUACCACAAGUUAAAUAAUUGUUUAAUAUAUAAUAUUUCAAAACUGCAUGGUGUAAAAGCUGUUAUUAUAGAGUUGCAUAUAAAACCAAAAACUUCGUUAGCGCGGUUUGACGUGACGUUUGCCGUUUAAGUUUAUAAUUCCUGUGAAUUGCAAUUUUAGCUAUUAUAUAUGCAUACAACAGACCAUACUCAAUGGAAAACGGUAAUUUUUUAAUGUCAACGCGGGGGGAAACGCUAAAGGUCCAUACACACCGGACGCGAUUCGCCGGACAACGCGACGCGAUUUUUUAGUUUUUGAAAGUUAAUAAAACAGCCAAUGCAUGAGACCAAAUUUUGAAAGAUAUGCGGACGAAAUAACUCAAAAUGUUAUACCGCUUCUAAAUAUUUGGAAAAUUUAAACUAGAAUCAAGGUUAUCGGUCAAUGAAAAGCGAAAAAUUGCGUCGCGCUGUCGAAUCGCGUCCGGUGUGUCUGGCCUUAACAUGUCGACCUGUAGUUUUAGUGGUUGAAUUGACAUUUCGCCAAUUUUAUGAAUCAUUACAAACCGUGGGGAUCAAACGAGGCCUUGCAAUUAGUUAGCUCUUCUUGAUUCUUAACGCUUUUGCAACAACUUCUUCAACCAUAGUUAAAAGACCCAUCAAGCCUUUAUAUGUUUGUAUAUAGGGCUUGACAUUUGCGAUGUCCAUAUACCAUUGCGUGACAGUCAACUCUCAUCAGCUCUCAUUCUAAGUACAUAAUGUAAUGUUUAAUAUAAAUACUGAAACAAAAGCGAAAAAAAGUUCACGACAAAUUUGAAGCUUUUAACAAUGAAAUUAAAACAGAUACUGCGAGACAGUUCAAUUUGAUAUUUUAUGUUUCAUAUUCGUACUCCUUCAACAUGCCACUACCAGUUGGAUUCCAUCCGCUGAGCUCUAUUGCCCUGCGUGAAUUCAACGCUCCAUUGCGCGAAAAGUAUGAGGGCAAAUUUUUUGUCUCACCGCUUCAAAUCUUGCUGAUCAGGAGGGCCAUUCAGCUCGGUUCCCAUAGUUUUAAACGCAAAAUAAACAGAGAUAACUUGGGUACCCGUGCCUCGCCCUAUAAAACAAAUUCUUGAGGCUGGAUUGCACUUGCUGAUUUUUGCUGCGAAUGCUAGUGCGAUUUUCUUCUUCUGAUGUAUGUGAACGAGUAGAUAAGUUGUGAAUGUUCAGAUGUGGGUACAUGUCGUCCGAAUAUUCGUAACUCAUCUACUCAUUCGCAUGCAUCAGAAGGACAAAAUCGAAUUAGAAAUCACAGCAAAAAUUGCAAGUGUAAACGGGCCUUGAGGAGUAUUUGAGAGAGCGAAUAACCUCAAUUUUCGUGGCGGUUUACGGUGAAGAAGCUAUCGCUCCGCGAGUAUAUUUGACCAAAGCUCCAUUUGGCCAAAGCUACCUUAAUGUAAUGAAGCACAGUAAAUGUUUCAUUGGGUCAAGCCACUAAGUUCGGAGCCUUGUUUGUCUGAGAAGAAUGGUCUGAACCUGGGUUCCAAGUCCGUGUCAAUGAUUAUUUCCGUGUCUGAUUGCAUGCUCGUGUAACGCGAAAUAUCUGACAGCAUUUGACCACUAUCCCAUACCUGUGUUAAAAGCGGCUUUCUGAUUGGUUUAGAGCAGGUGCGUUUGUCGUCGAGCUCACCUGCUUUUUGCCGAACUCACCUGCUUUCAGUGGCGGCGGAACAGGGGGGCUAGGGGGGCUAAAGCCCCCCCCCGGAAGUAAAAGUGGAGGGCUAAGCCCCCCCAGAAAAUUUUGUUUUCUCUGGAAAAAUUUUGAUAAUUAAGAAAAAAUGUAGGUUAUUUUUGGAAAAUUUAGGUAUAAUGGGAAAAAUUUGGGAUAUUUUGUUUAAAAAUCGAGUAUUUCCGGAAAAAUUUUUUGUUAUAGGUCUGGAAAAAUUUUUUUCAUCCCUUUUCUUGUAUAUGUCCAGAAAAAUUUUUCUACCCCUAAAAUGGUACACUGACCUAAAUUUUUUUGGCGACGGGGGUGGGAGGUCAUGAAAAAAUAUUUAGCCCCCCCAAACUGAAAUCCGUUCCGCCGCCCCUGCCUGCUUUUCGUCCGAACUCACGCGCUAAACUGCUUAAGUUGCAAUAACAAUAACAAAUAUGGUGGACAAGAUUUAGCCGAUAAACCUAAACUUUAAAGAACUUUUUUCGGUGACUAACAUACUGAGACUGAAGAAACACCAAAGAAAAAAUGCAGUAAGAGAAGUAUGUUCUUGCCCAGUGAUUUUUUUGGCCGGGAAAAUGUUCACACAACAUCGACGAAUAUAUCGCGAAGAGCCACAAAUGUGUGUACGGCUCGGUGUAUGGGAUAAAAACCAAACGUACUUGCAGGUUCGGUGAGUCCGGAAUUGGACGCACCUCUGGUGGCUGGAAGUUUGCCGAACUCACCUCGCUUCGCUCAGUAAGUUCGGGAAACUUCCACCACCCUCGAUGCGUCCAAUGUUUACUUCUCCGGGCUUACUUCUCCGCUGGUUGUUAUACAUUAAAAUAAUUCUGCAGCUCAUAUUUUACCAAAUUUCGCCUUCAUUCGAACGCCAAAACGGACCCAAAUGCCUGUUAAGUGUCCAGAUGACUUCAAAAAAUUUAAUAGGAAACAUGGUAGACGCUUCGAAAACCAAUACGUGCUAUUUCGUAAAUUGCUGAAAAGCGUACAGCAAGCAUGCUACUACAAAACAGACACGUAGUUCCAAGAUUGAUUUACCUUGAUUCGCUCCAUUUUCAUCUCCAAUUCAUCAUAUUUCAAUGCGUGAGUAAAUAUAAAUCAUAAAUUUUAACCCCUCUUUACCGCCAUACUGGAUUGCCUCGCAACCAAGCUAGCCGUGAUUUGUAAUUACGUAAUUCUUGGUAAUACUAGUCGCUGAUUGGCUACGUUAACAGUGACCAGCUGACAUGCAGCUAACACGUCGAUAGCAUAUAAUCUACUUCGUAGAUUCAAAAAUCUAAUAGAGCACAGUAAAUGUGUCAUUGAUCAUGGCACUAAGUUCGGAGCCUUGUUUGUCUUUUAAAGAAGAAUUGUCUGACCCUAUUUUAUGUCUUUUGUGCUGUAAUAUUCUUUAAAAUAAUCCCUGAUCACAAAAUAAUAUCACAGUGUCUCAAACACAGACCAGAUUAUUGAGCGAAUCAAUUUGUUGUUAAGGCUUUGUCUCUGUCGUCAAAGCUUUGCCUCUGUCGGUAAGGCUUUGUCUGUAGACAUCGUACGUUGUUAGACUUAUCGAGCGAGUCUGAUUUUCCCUAGUGUACAGUUUUUAUAGCUUAUUGAUUAUUUGUAAUUGCGCAAUUACUGUAAAUGAUCUAACAAACGUCGCGUCACGGGUGUUUAUUAAAUAUCUUACAUUAAACAAGGAAUCGAAUAAAAAGAGGCCGUUAUUAGAUCAUGAAUGGAAAUCACAACUUCGAUCGAUAUUCUUUUUGCAACAGGUAUCGUCCACCUGGUGAAGGUCAACCGGAUGGUGUGUUGAAGAAAGGGAUUAAAUUAUGGGGUCAAGAAUUGUCUGAGGAAGGAAACCUGCCAACGUUUCAAUUUCAAAAAUUAUUGAAUGAUGAUCAAGAACUGUACAAGUGGCUCGUGACUCUAGAAAUUGAAACUGGAAUUGCCAAAAUAGAGAAUGCUCCCAAAGAGGGAAAUCAGCUGCCGGUACUUGGUGAAAGAGUUGGCUAUCUCAUGCGAAUUUGUUACAGGUUAGUAUCAUUGCUAAUGUUGACGCCACUAGUUUCCCAAUAA